AUGAUUCGUCGCAUCACCAAUCAAGGCGCGCAAACAGUAGUAAACUCCAACAAAAUCAUGAAUAUUGGUGCUACCACCAAAGUCACUGUGGUAUGUCUUUGUCGUCCGGGCGGAGAACAUGAUCGAACAAUAGAGCACAUCGUUUCCUUUCAGAAGGACAUUACCGCUGCUAGAGCAGAGGUAAAAGAGUUCCGGAAAAGCCAAGCCAAAAUGGAAAGGCACAUCAUCGAGGCUGAACGUCAAAUAGCUCAGGCUUCCAAAACCAAAUAUCAUGGUCCGCAGCGCACCACCUAUUCAGAGUAG